UAUAUUUGCGGCAUUUGCGCACGGUACUUGCGAAUUGACAGCUGCCAGCUGCUGCCAGCACGAGUAGUAAAAGUAGCGGAUCAUGUAAGGAUCUUUCGGGUUAAAGAGACAAUUUGCCAUUCUACAAGUGUUUGCACUGCUAAAGGGACACGUUAGAAGAGUUGGCAGGAUAGGCAGACGCAAGAGCGGGCGAAGAAGGAGUAGAGGAUCCAGAGGCAGAAUGACACGUCCUCCAAAUAAUGACAAUCUUAUGACCUUUAAAUUGGUCGUUGUUGGUGAUGGAGGUGUCGGCAAAAGCGCGCUUACAAUACAGUUUUUUCAAAAACUAUUUGUUGCAGACUAUGAUCCAACUAUCGAGGAUAGUUAUAUACAACAUACAGAGGUAGACAAACAAUGGUGUAUCUUGGAUGUAUUAGAUACAGCUGGUCAGGAAGAAUUUAGUGCUAUGCGUGAACAAUAUAUGCGGAAAGGUGAUGGAUUUCUUUUGGUAUAUUCUGUGACUGAUAAACAAUCGUAUCAAAACAUUGUCAAUUUUCAUACUCAAAUUUUACGAGUGAAAGAUAGAGAUAUUUAUCCUAUGCUAUUGGUAGCUAACAAAGUUGAUCUAGUGCAUUUGAGAAAAGUUACAGAGGAACAGGGAAGAGAAUUAGCUUAUCGUUUGGGCAUACCUUAUAUUGAAACUUCUGCCAAAGAUCCACCAUUAAAUGUAGACGUGGCAUUUCAUGAGGUUGUUCGUAUUAUCAGAAAUCAACCUCCUGCUGAGUUGGAGAAAAAUCAAAAAAAGCGACGACGUACUGCAAAAAGGUGCAAUAUUUUGUAAGUUUUGAAGACAAACUGCGCAACUAUACAA